AUGAUUAUGACARACAUAACCACGAGGAAUGGAUUCCUCCUCUUGGGGUUUUCUGAUGACCGUAAGCUGCAGAUCUUGUAUGCUUUGCUCUUCUUGGUGUUGUACCUAGUGGCUUUGACAGGAAACUUCAUCAUUAUCACCAUCACAACACUGGACCAGCACCUCCAAUCUCCAAUGUAUUACUUYUUGAAGCAACUUUCCCUUCUGGACCUCUCCUUCAUUUCCGUCACAGUCCCCCAGGCCAUUGCCUGCUUUGUCUCCAUUGCCCUCUCCUAUGUUCACAUAUUCUCCACAGUUCUAAGAAUACCCUCUACCGAAGGCCGCUCUAAGGUAUUCUCCACCUGCCUGCCCCACCUCUUUGUUGUCUCAUUUUUUCUCUCUACAGGCAUCUGUGCAUAUCUAAAACCAACUUCAGAUUCYCCAUCUGCAUUUGACSUUAUGKUAUCUAUCUUUUACACAGUGAUACCCCCAACACUCAACCCUAUUAUCUAUAGUCUGAGGAAUGAGGCCAUGAAGGGUGCGCUAAGAAACUUACUUUUGGACAGAAAAUUCACUGGGAAAAAUACACUUUUGUCCUGUUGUUAG